AUGGCGAUGGCAGCGGCGUUGGUGGUGUUCCUGCUCGCCGCCGGCGUUGGGCGGUCGGAGAGUGCGGUUUACAAGCAACGCAUUGUGUGUCUGUCGGCAGUGUUCGACUACAGCAAGAACAUCCAUAACGUGCUUGAGGUGAGCAAGGCGGACUACGAUGCAUGCACCGCUACGUCUCCGAUGGCCACAUACACCUCCGGCAAUGACUCCAUCGCCAUGAAGACCAAAGGCCACCGCUACUUCAUCCAUCUGUGGCAUCCCGGGCCACUGCAGCGCCGGCCAGAGGGUGGACAUCCAAGUCUCCAAGCCAUCAUCAUCUGCUGCCCCUUCCACCUCCACCUCCGCCCCUGCUUACCCUCCUUCCCGUGUCGGCAGCAGCAGCGGAGGCAUCUCCACGCCGGCAGCUGCCCCUCGGUCUAG